GCGACUUUUAUUUUCAAAUUGUUUGCAUAUUUUUAUGGUAGUUUACAUGUCGUUUGUGGUGUCCAUUGGAAAGCAGCUAGUUAACCUGCUCAACCAGACGCGCGGCUGCUGUGGACGGAGUUGAGCUACAGUUAGCGGACGUUUUCAGAGCAUCAAUGUCACAGGAGGAGCUGGUCGUGGACCCGGGGACAGGUGGGGGGACGGGUGGGGGCAGGAGCCGCCUCGGCCUGGUCCUGACGGGGGUGGUGGGGGGCUCUCUGGUCGCCCUGUACGCCGUGGCUGCUCCGUUCGUCACCCCCGCCCUGAGGAAGGUUUGCCUCCCGUUCGUCCCCGCGACCACAGCUCAGGUGGGAAACGUCCUGCAGGCGCUGCGAGCCAGAACCGGGACUCUGGCGGACAUCGGGAGCGGAGACGGCAGGAUCGUAAUUGCUGCUGCCAAACAUGGAUUCCAGGCAUCGGGUUUUGAGCUGAACCCCUGGCUGGUGUGGUAUUCUCGCUACAAGGCCUGGAGGGAGGGAGUCCACCGUUCCACCUCCUUCCACAUCUCUGACUUGUGGAAGGUCAGUUUUUCUCAGUACUCCAACGUGGUUAUUUUCGGUGUCCCACAAAUGAUGGAGCAGCUGGAGCUGAAGCUGGCCAGUGAACUUCAGAGUACAGCCAAGGUGGUGGCCUGCCGCUUCCCCUUCCCUACAUGGGUCCCUGAGCACACUGCAGGGGAGGGCAUAGACACUGUGUGGGUGUACGAUGCCAAAACCUUUAAAUCCAGUCUGAAUCAUAAUCUGACAAGAAAAACAAUGUUAGAGAAACAAGAUACAUCUGAUUCACACACGUAACAGGACUCAGUAUUUGUUAUUAAAUUGCCAUUGUAUGCACGACGAGCAAGAAUGUGAGUGAAACGGACCCCCAGUGAGCAGUUGUGGUUCCAGCCUUUACUGUCCAUGUCUAUGGGGGGCUGGAGGAUAAAACAUUAAAGUCUUUACUAAAGUGAUGCUCAAUGCUUGCCCAGGGGUCAAAGAAUCAGAAAGAAGUUUAUUGCCAAGUAGUUUAACACACACAAGGAAUUUGUUGUGGUGAUUGGUGCAAUACAAAAGAGCAAAUAAUAUUAAAUGAAAAAAUGUACAAGUUGGUUCUAAAUCGCCGGAGUGAUGAGUCUAGGAAAAAUAAUAUUUUUUGUACAUGAGGUGACCUGGGACGUGCGUUAAUGUGACGCAUAAGGUCAGGUCAGAGUCUUUACGUUAAUGUAACGCAGAGUUAGUCCAUGUUCCAGACCAGAUAUCAGCACCACUCAAGGUGACAAAACUUGCUUAUAAUUUUUGAAAAGAUCCAUGUCUGUAGAUGAUAUUUUGGUAUGAUAACCCUUCCUGAGUGGCAGCUGUAUCA